GUUCAGUAAUUUUCACAAAGUUUGUUAGAGACUAGGCAUUGUAAAAUGAUGAAUGAAAAGUCAGUGUUCGUAAAUAAUGAACUCAGCUUGCGAGACAUUGCCGUGUAUGGCUUCGACUACGAUUACACUUUGGCACACUAUACAGAUGAAUUGAACAGUUUAAUAUAUCAAAUGGCUUUGAGAAGACUUAUCGACGAUUACAACUACCCAAAUGAGCUGCAGGUCAUGGAGUACGAUCCCGAUUUUGUCACACGUGGUCUGCAUAUCGACAUAAAUAAGGGAAUUAUGAUGAAAAUUGAUUCCUAUCAAAAUAUAAUGCCUGGCACUGCAUACAGAGGUCAUCAGCAAUUAAGUGAAGAGGAAAUUCAUUAAUUAUAUCGUGGGACUCAUAUUGGAAAUGAUCAAAUUAUACCAACUAGAGAUAAUAAUGAAAGACCAAGAAUGAGACAUAUGAUUGAUCUAUUUGCGAAUAGUGCGGCAACAAUAAUGGCAAACGUA